AUGUCGGACAGCCGGGCGCACGGGUUUCUGUGUCUCGCGUUUGGCCCUGCGCAGUCUUACGCGGUCGUUCCCCGCAGCGACAGCUUCACCAGCUUUUGGCAAGGCGAACUUGCUGGCUGGAUUUUUGAAGGAGGGCGCUCAGUCGAGUACGUGGCUUUUUCAGGCAUCGAUGGGUACUACGUGCGAUAUGAAGACGGAAGCUCAGCAUGGAGUCUCCACCCCGGCUUGGGAAAGCUGAUCAAAAAAGAAGGUGUGAAGUGGAUUGUAUUCGGACCUGACAGCUAUGUCUUUCUAUCCAAGAGUGGAGUGCUGCACUGGUGGAACGUACCAGACGCGUUGGAGGAGCGGCUGGAGUCCUUGUCGUCAUCAGAUCAUCUUGUAUCGGUGGGGUUGGGGCAGAGCAGCCCUUACGUCGCAAUCUUUCAAACCGAUUACAUCUGGGGCGGCAACGUGCCUUACAACACCAGUGCAGCUUACUGGACCAGCGGCCUCAACUCAUAUUUUGACACCAUGGUGCAGUGUGACGAAAUGCUUAGUCCACUUGGUAUUUUCUACACACAUGAUUCUAUCUCCGCGAACUUCACAGACGGGAGAUCCAUCUAUGAUGCCGCGAGGGAUUUGAACAAUGGCAACAUGGCAAUAACCGAUAUGCCAAUGAUGGAAGUAUUCAAGCAUGCAGGCUGCUACUUCAGCAGAAGCAAUCGACGACUCUGGGCGUUCCGAAACCCUGGAGUAACACAAGCUCCGGUACGCAUAGUGGAACCGCCGUCGGAUGUCAGUAACCUCACCAAGCUGAAAGAGAUCUACGUCCGCUACAAGAACCAGUGA